AUGGAUUAUACCGAGAAGGAGCAUUCCCCAUUAGAAAAAGAAAAUUUGGGGAUUAAUUUAAUUAAUAAUGACCUGGAAUACAUUGACAAUAUAUAUAGCUCAAAGAAUUUUGGUUUGACAGAUGAUUCACACGUUAAGAAUCUAAAAGAAUCUCAGGAGAUUUUACUUAUGUCUUGGAUCAAUGAAGUAGUGUCUCCAGAGUUAUUAACAUACUGUGAGUCUUCAAUACAAACCCUAUGCUAUUCUAUAUUCAAGGAAAAGGAAAAACUACGAUUCAUUGAGGGUGAAAGAGGAAUUCCGGAUAUUGAAGAUAAAAUUGAGCAAGAUCUGAUUAAUCUUCACAUAAAUAGAUCAACCAAUAUGCUCAAAAUGUAUCUGAAACAAAGAAUUAUGAAAAUCUCAGAAUUCCCAGAUUUCUCUAUUGCUAAUUCAAGAACAAAAAGCGAUGUAGACUCAGAAUCCAACAUCAGUCAGGAGGAAGCUGUGUUUGCUUUAAAACUCUCCAAACUUCAGUGGAAGUAUUUGGACGAAGUUAUCUCCAAAAUGAAGAAUACACUAGCGACAGACUCUUCUGUCCCAAUCCCAGCACCAUCCUUCCAUAGAUCCGUCCGUUUUAAAUGUAUUGACUCUAUCGGAAGAGUCCAACUCCAAUCAUUUGCAACUCCUGAAAAUACCUCAUUUACCCAAUUUGAUGACCAAGAUCAUUUUUCACAAAAUGAAUCAGAGAAAGUCAUCAACAUUGAAAAAGGAAAGAUAUAUACUUGUAAAUAUGAAGAUGUGAGGGCUCUCCUAGACCGGAACACCAUUCAGCUAUGGCCAUGGCCUCCUGUUACUAGCAAUAAAAACAAUUCAAAUUAG